CUGGAUGCCGAUGUGCUCUGAAGGCACACUCGUCAUCUUUUGACGAACAACAAGCACCACAACGAACAACUGGACUACAAAAAACGUCGCACGUAGUCGCACCGCCUCGCUUAUACUCGAUCGCCCUUUCCUGGUCAGUUUGGGAUACCAUGAAGUACAUUAUAACUGGAGCUACAGGUGGACUAGGCUCCCAAGUCUUGAAGUACCUGCUUCGACUAGUUCCUGCCACGGACAUCAUCGUAUCGCUGCACAAUCCCAACGGCGCAUCUUCGCAAAUCGUCAGCUCUGGCGUGGAGAUUAGGCACGGUGACUACGGCGAUCCGUCUACGCUCGACGAAGCCUUCCGUGGCGGAGACAAAGUUCUCAUCAUCUCGUAUCCAAACAUAUCCGGCCGGAUCCCCUACCAUGUCAAUGCGAUCGAUGCUGCGAAACGAUGCGGUAUCAAGCAUGUCUACUACACAUCGCUCAUGUUCGCGAGCGACAGCGUCGCCGCCGUCAUGCAAGAUCAUUUAGCGUCCGAGAAGUACUUGAAGGAGAGCGGGCUCACCUAUACGAUUCUGCGAGAGGGGAUUUAUAGCGAGAGCUACCCGCUAUAUUUCGGGUUCUUCGAUCCAAACGAUGGCAGUGACGAGGUGCUGAUUCCGCACGGAGAUGGUGGGAUUGCAUGGGUGAGUAGGGAGGAUCUUGGCGAGGGAACUGCGAAAAUUAUGGUUUCUGACGGCUAUGUCGGCGAGACGUUGUUGCUCAGCGGCUCACGCGUCAUGACCCUGCACGAGCUCGCGCAGCGCAUUUCGGCGAUUCUGCAUCGCGAGAUCAAGCUGUGCAUCGUAGACGAGGAACGGUACUUAAAGCGCAACAUCGGCAAAGAUGGGCGGAUGGGAGAGGAGAAGUACCUGCGGCAGUGGGUAUCAACAUUCAUCAGCGUCCGCCGAGGUGAGCUAGAGAUUGUGGAUCCGCUGCUGCAAAACGUGUUGGGGAGGAAGCUCAAGCCGAUCGAGGAGACGCUUGUAGAAAUGUUACGCGGAGGUAGCGCGGACGCAAGGUAGAGUAAGCCAUGUAAAAUAAAAGUUAUAAAAACUCACGGUUUCGAUGGCCCUGAUCGCUG